AUGGAUAUAUUGUCACAACUUUGGUCACUCUUAGGUCUUCUCACAGUCCUUCAAAACAUCUUACCUGCACAACUCCUCUCCCUUCUUCACUCCCUCAUCGAGUCCCUCCAAGACCUCAUUUCCCAAUAUUCAUACUUUGACAUCCCGGAAUUUAAUGGCUACUGUGGUGUUGACAUCAAUGAUCUCUAUCGCCAUGUCAACCUCUACCUCAACUCUGUCAACUCCUCUGCCACUGCCUCCACUUGCCGACGCUUCUCCCUCUCCCGGUCCAGGUCAUCCAAUUGCAUUUCCUUCACUAUAGCUCCCAAUCACACCAUCCACGACUCCUUCAAUGGCCACUCUCUUUGUUGGACACACCAAGUUGACACUGUACAGGACUCAUUAGAAGAGAAACGUAGCUUUACUCUCAAACUUCCAAAGAGACACCGGCAUAUGCUGCUGUCGCCUUAUCUCCAGCAUGUGACAUCGCGUGCUGAAGAGUUCGAGCGAGUAUCAAGAGAGAGGAGGCUGUUUACUAACAAUGGCAAUGCUUCAUACGAGUCAGGCUGGGUCUCAGUUCCUUUCCGUCAUCCAUCCACCUUCGAAACGCUGGCUCUGGAGCCUCAAUUGAAGAGGCAGAUAAUGGAGGACUUGAAGGCAUUUUCUAGUGGCAGAGAGUACUAUCAUAGAGUUGGGAGGGCAUGGAAGAGGGGUUACUUGCUCUAUGGUCCUCCAGGGUCAGGCAAAUCAAGUCUAAUAGCUGCAAUGGCUAAUUAUUUGUGCUACGAUGUGUAUGAUCUUGAACUCACCAAAGUCACAGACAACUCAGAUCUCAGAGCUCUGCUAAUCCAAACUAGCAAUAGAUCAAUAAUUGUGAUUGAGGACAUAGAUUGUUCCCUUGAUCUGACUGCUGAUAGAAUGCUAAAGGCCACUACUGCUACAGCUACAAGAAGGAAAAGAUCAUCAUCAUCAGGUUAUAAUAAGGACCCGGGUUCAGGCAAUUAUCAGUUAUUAGAGGAGAGUGGGCGUGUUACCUUAUCAGGUCUCCUCAACUUCACAGAUGGAUUAUGGUCAUGUUGCGGGGAGGAGAGGAUAAUAGUGUUCACAACCAAUCACAGAGACAAAGUGGAUCCUGCAUUGGUUAGAUGCGGGCGGAUGGAUGUGCAUGUAAGCUUAGGCCCUUGUGGUAUGCACGCGUUCAAGGCAUUGGCCAUGAACUAUCUUGGGAUAGAGGAGCAUUCUUUGUUUGAUGUGGUAGAGAGCUGUAUACGGUCAGGUGGCGCACUCACUCCUGCUCAGAUAGGGGAGAUAUUGCUGCGGAAUAGAGGGAGCAAUGCUGAUUUAGCAAUGACAGAAGUGGUGUCUGCAAUGCAAACCAGAAUUUUGAGUUCUGGUGGCACUGAACAUCUAAAUACUAGUAUAGAGUAUGAAGAUACGGUGACCUUGACAAGGUCACCACAGAGUGUGUUAACGGUAGGGUCGUCACCGGAGAAUUGGGACUCAUCUCCAGGCAAGAUUAGCGGGAAGAAGAGGAAGGCCAAGUUUCUUGUUAGAUUAAGAUCUUUGACGAAGUCCGGCUCUGGUAGAAGGGGUGUGUGAGAGUUUCGAUGUGCUCUUGUCUUGUGAAAGUUUGGAAAAUUAAUUGAAACACCAGCUUUCCUUAAUGGAACCUACCAAGCUCCAUAAAAUGUUUUUCAGUAAUUGUUUUUUCCGUUAAAAGUUCUAAUAAUCAUUUGAACCUUUUCAGUAAAGGAUCAUGAUCAUCAAGAUUCAGGAACACGGAUUGAUAUACAAUUACUAUCAAGUUAAUUUGUAUUUGAGCAGCAUUAAGAUGGCGCUUGUGUGGGAAUUCCAUUAGUUUAUGUUGCAGCUUAUGGCCAAGUACUGUUGAAAAUAAUGAGUCACGUCCAGCAAAUGGACAACAGAAAGUGAUGUGGAGCCACAUAAUGCCCUGGAAAGCAAACACCUUCCCCUUUGGAACUCAUCGUUUUUCUUUGUUGAGAUUGAAUAAUAGCAGAAAGCUCUCUCGUGCGGUACAAGUAAUCUAAUCAUCAUUCUUCAUGGCCCUAGUAAUAGCAGAUGAUGGUGGUCGGUGAAAGUUGAAGGGCUGUAAUUGUAGACCAUAAAUAUAGAUCUAGAAAUCAAGAUUGACCAAUUCCUUCAGUCAACUCUUUCUAGCAACUUCCAUGUAAUACCUUAGGACAACAAGUUUUGGUAUAUUUUGGCCAACAAGUUGCUAUCAAGACAAGGGAUAAAGAGGGACCUACUCUUAGGUGGCAUGAAUUUUCCUUCGCACAAUUGUGCGAACAUCAAUUUGUCAUCAUCGUGCACGUAUCUAUCUAUGCGUGGUAAGGAUUAAAGAUAACGAAGAACAGUAAAGCCCGCGUGCCAAAUUAUUGAAUGCUUGAAAAGUAAGCCGCCUAGUCAAGGAUGAUGUUCUAAAAGGGAUGUUAUCUCUCACUAUAAAUAUAUGGCUUCAUGAGCUCAGAUUGGAGUAAAGGAUUCAACAGCUUUUUUUUUGUCAAGAUCAACAAUUGGAUCGUGUGUAUACUUAGAGCAAAAGAAAUAUGAUGAUGGAAAGCAGCUUAGGGGACGUGUUAUUGAAGGUGGCGAUGUUUGUUAUAGUCCAAGGAUUGGUCUAUCUCAUCCUUUCAAAAUCAUCCAAUAUUUUCUCCAAGACAAAUGAUAAGAGAUCAUCUAGCUUCAAGACAGCUCGCUCUGUUAGCAUUCGACGGAUUCUUGCUGUUCUACAAGACUUACCUCCUGGUGGUGAGUUGUCUCCAGCUUCUUCAAAGAGCACGCAAGUGCAAUCCCCUACCGUUGAGAAGUCUGAAGAUCGAAGGUGAUGUAUAGCUAACUGAUCAUGGCUAGCUAGCUCCGCGCUCGCGCGCGCGCGCACAGUGGGUUUAGAUCAAAAUAUAUAUGUUGUGACUACAUAUAGCUAGAAGUGAUUUAAUUAGUUGGACAAAAUUGUGUUUUAAGAUAUAGUAUGUAUGAGCGGAUUUGAGUGAUUCUUUAAUUUUUUGGUUCAUUUUUCAGUAUUGUAUUGAUGUUCAUAUCUGAAGUUGAAAUUAGUUAAUUUGAU